CAGACGUCGUUCCUCUUCCCACAGAGAUGGUUGGUGGACGACUUUGUUAUCGUAGCUACUUCAUUCACAGCAUUGUGCUGCUGCUCUGGGUCUGUCUCCAUUAUGUGGAGGCAUCCAGUGGAAAACAUGUCAUUCAUAAAAAAGUUGGCGAUACUGUGGAGCUUUCGUCAGGCUUACCAACUGAAGGUGUGACUGCAGCAACAUGGAGAUAUGGAGGAAUAACAGUUGCAGAGAAAGAUGAGGGUGUUUCUAAAAACUCUCCAUUUAAGGACAGAUCAGAGCUGAACCCUGAAGACUUUACUUUAACAGUGAGAAAACUGACUCUUCAAGAUUCUGGUGAUUUCACUUUUGUCUCAGAGGUGAAUGACAAGCAAAGGCCUUCAGUCACCAUCACUCUGCAAGUUCAUGAGCCCAUAACUAAACAGCCUGUCAUAAAAAUCAGUUCUACCUGGAUUUCCUCAAGUGAAUCAUGUAAAGUUCUGCUGGAGUGCAGCACAACUGGUGACGUCAGCUACAAGUGGACUGUAGGAAAACAAACACUAACUGGUCCCAGGCAACAAUACAUCAUCAGGGAGCAGGAUGGAGAGACCAAUGUCACCUGCACAGUUUCCAAUUAUGUCAGUGAGAAGUCUGCAUUUCAAACAGUGAAGUGCAGCAAAGAUCAUUCACACAGAAAAGAAACAGAGUGCAGCUCUUCUUCUUCUCUUCUCAUGUUCAUUGCUGGACUGUUUACUGGAGUAUUGAUCACUGUACUGUUCCUCUUUCUGCUUUACUGCAUAAAGUCAAAGGGUCUGUGUCACAAAAGGCUCACACAGCCUGAAACAAUCAACCAGGAAGAAAAUCAACAGCAUGUAUACUCGGCUCUUUCCCACGGUGAUCGUUGUGUUUAUGAGACAGUUAGAGGAUCUGCAGAUGCUGGACCAGGUGGAUCACAAAUACAGUGCAUCAAAUCAGACUAGACGAGCUGCAGUUCUGCAUGUCUGUGGUAUUUUUUUGAUGUCUUAAGUUAAAUGUGAUUAUUAUGUCAAACCCUAUUUUCUUUUUAAAAAAAAGGAUGAUUUAAGUGUAUAAUUACAAACAGCUCGUUGCUACAUUGAAGAUUUAACACCGUUUUCAAUGUAUGAAAUAGUAUGAAAGCCUGUGUCUGUUUGACCUGGUUUGGAUUUUCUUUUGAAUCUUCGAGAGGAAACGCUUCUCUCACAUCUGUCUGCUCAUUUAGUUCAAAUCCACUGUCAACAAAACUAGUUAAAACUAGAUGUUUUAAAGGUUCAUUAUUUAAUUGAAGUGACUAAAAGUAUUUUUUUCACGUUAUACUUAUUCAAAUUUUUAAUUAUGCUAUGGUAGGCUCAAUUUUUUGAUUAGUGAGCUUGUUGCAAACUAUGCAGAUCAUGUGCUUUGGUUAAAGAGAAUCUUCUAAAGUAGGUUUCCAUAGUUCACACAAAUUAGACUUUUAUUAAGCCGUGAAAACAAACUAUUUAGCUCCCCAGUGUGAUAUAAACAGAAAGCUCCUUCCAUGUGUCAAGUCAUUAUAUUUUCAACUUUUCACACAUAUCCUUAUAAGUCCCAGUAAUUAAUUUGUGUCCUCUAUUGGGGAUAGCAGUCUGCAUCCACUACAUCAAGCACCAUUUAUGCGAUCUAUGACUCCUGCUGUGCUGUCAAGGGGACAUCCUGGGCUCUCUAUUGAUGCCACAUUUGUGGGGGCGGGGCUAACAGAGCACAAGUCUAUCGAAAUUGCAAACAUUUUUCCUCUUCAAAAUCAAAACUUGAUGACACCGACCGUCCGUAAUAAGAAUUGUUUAAUGUAGGGCUCUGAAGUGUUUUGUCAUUAUGAUAUCUAGAAGGGGAAAUAAGAACAUCUUGAGAUGACUACACACACACACACACACACACACACACACACACACACACACACACACACAGAGCAGCUACGAUUUUAAUGGUUCUUCUUUUAUCUUGUGAUUUGUAGUUAAUAAUAUACAGCUGCUAAAAGUGCAUUAAACUGUACAUUUCCCGUCUUUAUCAAUUCAGUUUUAACUUUAAAAUUAAAUUGAAAUUGUUUUUUAGCAUGAAACAUGAAAGCAGGAUAAUGCUGUUCAAAACCAUCAAACAGAAAAUAGGCAACCAUGUUUUAGAAAUAAAUCAGCUAACUAAAAAAGAGUGAACUGGACAUCUGAAGCUGGCAGUAAACUAAAAACAAUCUGGAAGUGAAACAUUGUUCAGCAUUUUUUUGGCCACCACAUCGUUCAGAAACCUAAGAUCUGAAUUUACUGGUUUCUGGUUUUAGCCAAUUCAACAAGUUAAGACAGAUUAUUUGAGAUUAGGCAGUCCAUUAAAGUAACAAACAAUCGGGAUGUCUCUGAUAAGAAGGGAAAGAAUAAAGCUGUCUGGAAAGUGACAACACUCCCAACAUGUAACAAGGCUGAGAGAAAGAUUCCCUUCACAGGUCAGUGUCCUGUAGAGAAACCAAAUCCCAGCUUCAGGGCCCUAUUCUCAGGGUCCUCACGAGCUGGUAUGUCCUCCAUCUGAACUUUUGCCUUCUUGUUCUAAUAUCUGAGCCUCCUCCACCUCAUCUCCAGACAGCUCCAAGUAUGACUCCACUUCCACAAUUACUCUGAGUAAAAUCCUUUCUCCCUCACUCAAGCAUCAUAUCAUUCUGUGAUCAAACAAGCCCAAUGUUUACUUCAAAAGACAGGAAUAUUGGGAUGUCAUAAAAAAUACUUGCUCAUUAAUAAUCUGCUUAGCAGGAUUGUAAUUUAUGUACUUUAUACUAAAUGCCUAUAUCAUGUUUAUAGAAAAAGCUUUGCAAGUUAUUUAUGAGCAAUACAUGUAUUAUCUGAUCUCUGCUUUUGUCUAAGUUGGAAAAGUUGGAAAUGUUUAAUAAACCUGUCUGAUGAGA